ACCGUCUCCGCUGAGCAGCAGCCGGGCAGAGCGCGACUUGUUCCGGGGAGAAGAAGAAGAAAGAUGGCCACAGCUAACGUUAGCUAGCUUCUUGGGCUAAAAAAUAUGCUACGCUGGUCUUAUUUCUGUCUUAUUUUCUCUCCUAACGAGGCGCACAGAGAGACUAAAACCCGCCGUGUCGACUGUGUGAGCAGAGAAGCAGCGGACUUUUCUUUAUUAGUGAUUAAUCGAGUAGUUUAGUGUUAGUGUCGGGGGGAGGGGGGGGGGUCUCCUCGGGUCAGCUGUCCGUCACUACCGCCAGUGGGGAUUGUGGGGACCGUCAUCAUGGCAGCUCCAGUAAACAUCCAGACUCCCAGUAAGACCUGGGAGCUGAGCCUGUACGAGCUGCACAGGAGCCCUCAGGAGGCGAUCAUCGACGGGACGGAGGUGGCCGUGUCUCCUCGCUCUCUGCACAGCGAGCUCAUGUGUCCCAUCUGUCUGGACAUGCUGAAGAACACCAUGACAACCAAAGAGUGUCUGCACCGCUUCUGCUCCGACUGCAUCGUCACCGCGCUGCGAUCAGGGAACAAAGAGUGUCCGACCUGCAGGAAGAAGCUGGUCUCCAGGCGCUCGCUGCGCCGAGACUCCAACUUCGACGCACUGAUCCAGAAGAUCUACCCGAGCCGCGACGAGUACGAGGCGCACCAGCGGCGCGUCAUCGAGCGACUCAACCGGCUGCACAACAAGGAGGCGCUGAGCUCCAGCAUCGAGGAGGGGCUCCGGCAGCAGGCCCGCUACAGGAACCACCGGGUGAAGAAGCCGGCUCAGGAGAGUGACAACACCACCUUCAGCGGCGGGGAGGACAACGGGGACGCCCGCUCCCACCUCUCCCAUGACUCGGCGCCCUCCCACACCCCCCACCCCCCCGGGCAGACCCCCUCCGAGGCCGGGCCGAGCCGCAAGAGGCCGCGGGCGUCCGACGACGGCUCGGGGCCCGAGGCGGACAGCGGCAGCCCCACGCCGCCGCUCAGACGCCACAAAGACGGACCCACCUCGGAGAUCGAGCUGGUGUUCAGACCGCACCCGGAGCUGGUCCAGGCCGAGGACUACAACCAGACCAGGUUUGUGAAGACGACGGCCAACGCCACGGUGGACCACCUGUCCAAGUACCUGGCUCUACGCAUCGCUCUGGAGGACCGACAGGCCAACGGAGACACGGAGGAGCGAGGGAAGGAGGACGGAGGAGGAGACGCUGCAGGGAGAGGAGCAGCAGCAGGAGGAGGAGGAGAGGGCUCCACUCUGACCAACAUCAGUGAGAAACAGUACACCAUCUACAUCAUGACCAGAGGAGGACAGUUCUCUACGCUGAACGGCUCCUUGACUCUGGAGUUGGUCAAUGAGAAGUACUGGAAGGUGAGGAAACCUCUGGAGCUUUACUACGCUCCCACCAAGGAGACGCAGCAGCAGCAACCGCAGCAGCAGUCCUCUCCUCCUGCUCCUCCUCCUCCUCAGAAGGAGGCCUGAACGUCUCCUCCUCCUCAGCGGGAGGCCUGAACGUCUCCUCCUCCUCCUCAGAGGGAGGCCUGAACGUCUCCUCCUCCUCCUCAGAGGGAGGCCUGAACGUCUCCUCCUCCUCAGAGGGAGGCCUGAACGUCUCCUCCUCCUCCUCCUCAGAGGGAGGCCUGAACGUCUCCUCCUCCUCAGAGGGA